AGUGUCAGAAACAGCUGAUGAAAAAAUAAAAUCUGAAUUUGAGGUUAAUGUCUAAAAAUCUUAAAAUGUAUUUUGAUAAGAGAAAAUAUAGUUGAUUUGAUCCGUAAAAAUGCUGAGAAAAAACAUUUUUACUUACACACAAGUGCGUAACGCCUCAAAUAAGUUAAUCGAUGAGAUAGUUCGCGUAGAUCAUGCUGGAGAACUUGGUGCCGAUAGAAUAUAUGCCGGCCAAAUGGCCGUACUGGGUAGUACUUCCAAAGGUCCCCUUAUCCAACACAUGUGGGACCAGGAAAAAGGACACCGAGCCAAAUUCGAAGAACUUAUAAAAAAGCACCGUGUACGACCUACUGUUAUGACGCCUAUUUGGAAUGUAGCAGGUUUUAUGUUAGGAGCCGGUACUGCUUUACUAGGGGAAAAAGCUGCCAUGGCUUGUACAGUGGCUGUGGAAACUGUCAUUGUAGAACACUAUAACGAUCAAUUAAGAACGCUGCUUGAGAAUCCGGAAACCAACAAGGAAUUAAUGGAAGUUAUUACCAAGUUUCGGGAUGAAGAACAGGAACAUCAUGAUACUGGUAUAGAUCACGGGGCAGAACAAGCACCCUACUAUAAAUUACUGUCGGAUAUUAUAAAAACUGGAUGUAAAACAGCAAUAGCAAUUUCAAAAGUGAUUUAGCAUGUAACUAAUUUUUAUGUAAAUAAAAUAGAAAACGUAAAAUUAAAAA